AUGGGCUGUAUCAGCUCCAAAGCGCCUGUUGUGGCGGUCGACGGGUCGUUGCGCGUGGACUGGAGCGCGGCGAGCUCCCUGUCUGACCUCGCGCUUUUGGGGAGCACGCGGACCUGCUUGGCGCGCAGACUGAUUCUGACAGCACCUUUGGGCGCUCUGGACUUCAGCGAGGUGAAUGUUGACGACACCACUGAAAUGUUACCAAAAUCAAGACGAGCUCUCACCAUUCAAGAGAUUGCUGCGUUAGCACGAUCCUCCCUUCAUGGUAUUUCCCAGGUAGUGAAGGACCAUGUGACGAAGCCUACAGCCAUGGCGCAGGGCAGAGUCGCCCAUUUAAUAGAGUGGAAAGGCUGGUGCAAGCCUAUAGACACUCCUGCAGCGCUGGAGUCGGACUUCAACUCUUACUCCGACCUCACUGAGGGAGAGCAGGAGGCACGCUUUGCCGCUGGUGUGGCGGAGCAGUUUGCCAUCGCCGAGGCUAAGCUGAGGGCCUGGUCCUCUGUGGACGGCGACGAGUCCAACGAUGACUCAUACGAUGAAGACUUUCUGCCUGCCAACGAGCCCACCACACAGAGCACAGAUGUGCCGUCGUAUCCUCCCUACUUGAAGGACCUGAUCCACAGCCAGCUUUGCCAACACCUGGGCUUGCGAGGCCCGUGUUGCGAGAGUGGAGGAGGAGGAGGAGGUGGUGGAGGAGGUGGAGAGGGAGGUGGCAGCGGAGAGCCCUCCCCUACGGCAGGCUCCCCAGACACCCUGUGCUCCAGCCUCUGCAGCCUGGACGAGCAGCACCCGCUGCUGCGCGACCUGGGCGGCCACCGCGGCACCCACUCCCACAGCAACGCCGCCGAGCUCGCCGCCAAGAUCCUGUCGGCGCUGCACGGAGGGGAGGAGCUGCUGCUGGCCCGACUCCAGAGGGUGGGCCAGAACGGGCCCGGCGGGGGGGACUGCGGCUUCCACAGCCUGCGCGGGGGCGGGCGGGGCAUCAGGCCCUGCGGGGGUCAGGACUCGCCUUGCUACUCCAUGUCUUACUCCGAGACGUACCUGUCGCCCGGCGAGGACGACGACACCCCCUGCAAGGACUACGAGAGCACCGUGUGCCAGGUGGAGGCGGAGGGCAACGACCCGCCCGACUACGACCCCCGCAGGAGGGUGUCCGAUGUGGCCUCCUCUGGGGUGGUUUCCCUGGAUGAGGAGGACGAAGAGGAGGACGAGGAGGAGGAGAGGGCAUUAGAGCCGAGCAACCAGUGACUCCUCCUCUCAACGUUGAAUCCCUCCACGGUCGACGGAGGACUUUCUGUUUUUGCAUCAGCUCCCCCUCUCCUUCAUGGCGUCUGAAAAGUUUGACCCUCUGAGCAUGUUGUUUUGUUUUUCCUUCUCCUCUGACUGAUAUAGAAACCAUCCGUCUUUGCCUUAC